AUGCCUACGCCACCAUCCCAGUGGGCAAGCACCGUCCACUCGGCUGAGGUGGAGGAUGUGCGCUUCGUCAGGCUUCUGCAGCAAACAUUCUCCAUUCUGGCUUCCCACCCCCAUGCCGAGUCAUCGUCGCGCACUGCGAUCCCAAAGGAUUGA